UACUAUCUUUCAUUCCUCCUUUUCUAGGAAAUAGUAGCAGCAAUCCUUCUUAGUUGGACCUUUGCUGUCUUCAGGAAUAAUUCACUUCCUGGUUUGCAGAAACAUACAUGAUUUGGGAACCUUUUCUGAAAGAUACAGGACAUGAAAUAAUUAGAUGACAAUUAAAAAAAUAUCUUUUCUGAAUCUAUGAACAUGGGACUCACAGGAUUCUAUUGCUCCAAUGCUGCUUGAGAUAGUCUGUUGAAAUCCCAAGUCCGCAGAAUAGGAGAGACUGGAGUUGUAAGUUACUGGAAUAAAUACUAAAUAUGAGGUUGUUAUAACUUCCAGAAUGAGGCAUCAUAAUCCAAGAGUUUCUAUUUGGACUGCAAAGAUUAUAGAACACUGAGAAACAUUUCCUGAAAGUCGGUUUUCUUCAUUUUCCUCUUAAUAUUGUUGUCUACAAGUAUGGAUAAUGGAAUCCCAUUACACCAAAUAUUAAGCAAGAACAAUUACUGUCUUCAGUGUUUCCAGUCUCCCAGGCUAACUUCCUGAAAUAACUUUCGUCACUUCCUUUUCUGUGUCAUUCUUCCUGUUCUGGGACAGUGUUGAUGUUUCAAAUCAUUUUUACAGAUUUACAUACGGAAUGUGGAAAGUCCGAGCUAUGUUGAGAUGAAUUUCCAUCAUGCCUGUAAGAAGAAGUCAUGGCAAACGUGGUAUACAAAAUUUCAUUUCCUAGUUCUAUACUUGAUUAUGUCAUUUUUGACAACAAAGUGCACAUGUCAGAAUGGAAAUUGUUUCAAUCCUAUUUCUACAAACUUCGACAGCGACAUAAGACAUCUGAAUGACUCACUUUUCAUCGAUUAUAUCUUCCCUAUAUUUGUGUACUCUAAUCAGGAGUCUUCAGGCAAUACAAACUGCUGUCAUUCUUUACAAGCCAUUGAAUCUAUUGAAAACAGUUUAAAAGAAAGUCUGAAAUUUGCUGGGGAAGAUAUCAAAAAUCGUGUGAAGAACGUCACCAAUGCCAUUAAACAUAUUACUAAUUACUCAAAAAAACUUGAAUCAUAUGAAUGCAAACAUGUGUCCUGGAAUGCGUCAUACCUUAUUGAAACUCUUAAUAAUAGUGUGAAUGAAGCAGGAACAUGCUUUAAGCAAGACUGUAUCUGUCUAAAGUGCACCAUUUACAUAUGCAAAGGCAAAGGUGAAAUUUCCACAACUGUACAGAAUAACAAAGAAGGCAGUACACACGGUGAAAUUUCCUCAACUACACACAAUAACAAAGAAGCCAUUUCACAUGGUGAAAUUUCCUCAACUACACACAAUAACAAAGAAGCCAGUACACAUGGUGAAAUUUCCUCAACUACACACAAUAACAAAGAAGCCAGUACACAUGGUGAAAUUUCCUCAACUACACACAAUAACAAAGAAGCCAGUACACAUGAAACACCUUUAAGCAGUACAUUUCCAGUGGAAAGAAGUAAACAGUCAGACAAAGCCAAUAGUGAAAGGAAUAGUGGAUCGAUGCCUACUUCUAUCAUUGACAGCAGUGGCACAACACUGGUCAAGAUUAUCUCUGGCAUCACCGUCGCCAGCAUCGUCAUCGUCAGCAUCAUCAUCAUCAUCAUUUUCUACAGAUUUUGUAUGAAGAAAGAGGCACGCCAAUGAAUGUAACACAGCAAAACACACCAAGCAAUAACAAAGAACUUGAUGAAAUUCGGCAAGAUAAUGAACAGCUAAUACAUCAUGAAUCCCCAGAGAAUGAAAACCUGGAAACUGAAACUAGCACUGAAGAGGAUAAAUUCAUAUAAAGAGUUUUAGGACGUAUCAUCAUGUGGUGAAGAUGACAACCAAAUUGAUAUUUUCCCAUCAAGAUGUGCUGAUGUUCUUGAGAUAUGAAAAUUUUUAUUUCACUUUGGUUCAAGAGAGGCUUUUUGGUAUAACUGAAAGCAAAACUUGUGCAGAUAUAGGGAAGACAAUAUAUCUUACAGCAAAAAAGGUUUUAAUGGUAGAAAACACUUAAAAAACUCUUGCCAGUGCUAGAGUAACAAAUCACCUGGAAACGUCUGAUGCACUUUAAACAUAUUGCGGAGAAUGGAAGACCUGCUGGGUGUCGUGAAUCAUAAGUACAAAGGGACAUGAUUAUCUUGUUUAUACAUCAGGAUAUUACAUGGCUAUUCUGCAACAUCUUCUGGUGUUUGCAGAGGUCACUGAAUCCAUGCAAAAAUCUUUGCAGCAAUACCUGUCAACCUUUUUUUCCGCUAAAUGUGCAAAAUAAGCAUAUGGCAAGUGAGCAGUAUUAAACUACAGAAUGGAAGUCCAAAACACAUGCAUCAAUUCCUUUCACAUUUUUAGACUUUAAAGAAAACAACAAAUGGAAGCAAGUAUGACAAUUUCUUUAAUGCUUGUCGAUUUAAAAACGUCAUGAACUAACACAAACUUAUGCUUCUUAGUUUCAUUGAGGAAGAUACAAAUUAUGUCUUCCCAUAGGACAGAGGAUUUUUGAUGGACAAAAAGAAUGAUAUACUGUAAAGAAAAUGGAUGGCAUUUCAGACUUAGACUUGAAUCUUUAAAAUAAAAUGUGUAGUGGUAUAGUAUCACCUUACCUUUUCAUUGGCAAAUCUGAGACAGUCUGAAUGUCUGUUGAAUAAUGAGGCACUGAUCUUUACGAAAACAAUAUGGUUAACAGGAUUCAUUGUUUUUCACAGAUACAUUCACAAAGAACAUCUUCAGAAUUCUGAAAAAAAGUAAAGAAAAUGGAAUUAAACUGCAGCACAAGAAAGAAAUGCAAGCAAUGUACCAUGAUAUUUCCACGUGAAUUAUAAACGUUUGCAUAAGUGUAUUUCAUAUGCAUCAUCACUCAACCAGUCUGUAUCUACAAGCAAACAACAGUAUGAAUUAAUGGCCUGACUUACACAUUCAUUAGAAAUAAUCAUAAAUCAUGUGAAGGAUUUAUUUUUUUGAUUGUCUUACUAUUUUAAAUAACCACCUGGAACUAUAUAUUUUUAUAUUAAGUUACUAAGGAAAGAAAUAGGAAAGCCAUGUACAUUCUGACACAUCCCACACAUACAUUGAAAUCAGUCUGUAUAAAUACUGCUUUGAAUUAUAAUCUCUUAGAUGUGACAGUUGUUCUGUAGAGAGAUAUCCCUUAAAUGGAAACAGUGGGUAAUAAAAUUGGGCCAUUUUCUGAUUAGCAUGAAAUCUAUCUGCCCUAAGAGAACAUAAUAUGUCUAACAAUUGUUGCAUAAACACUGUCCUAAAAUAAAUGUGUUUUUACUUUUUUGAGAAA